AUGGAUAUGACGGACGACGUGUCCCAAAAGCGGGCAGAGCUGGAAUGCUGUCGUCCUGGGCAAGAUGGCCGUGAUGUUCCCCUUACCGACCUGGCGGAGGCACUCUACUACAGAUUCCAAGAAGAGGGGAAAGUCGACGAUUUGAACGAGGCGAUCACAUUAUUCCGCGCCGCUUUAGAACUCCGACCACUUGGGCAUCACAAUCGGUCUUCAUCACUUCACGGCCUCUCUCUCUGUCUUUCAGACAGAUAUGAUGAGCAGGGGGUAGUUGCUGACUUGGAAGAAGCCAUCACACUCGGACGUGUAGUAGUGGAGCUCCGCCCACCAGGGCAUUCAAGUCGUGGCGUAUCUCUCUACAACCUCGCUGGCUAUCUCCGGUUGAGGUUUGUGAAACAGGCUACGAUUCGCGACUUGGAGGAAGCGAUCGAGCUGCAUCGUGCAGCUCUGGAACUACGUCCCUCUGGACAUCCUGAUCGAUCUUCAUCGCUCCACGAACUUGCUCUCUGUAUCUCAGAUAGAUAUAACGAGCAGGGGGUAGUAGCUGACUUGGACGAAGCCAUCAUGCUCGGACGUGCAGCACUAGAGCUCCGUCCACCAGAACAUCCUCAUCGUGAUGUAUCUCUCAGCAAUCUUGCUGACUACCUCAAGUUGAGGUUUGUAAAACAAGCUGUGAUCCACGACUUGGACGAGACAAUUGAGUUGCAUCGUGCAGCUUUGGAACUGCGUCCUUCUGGACAUCCUGAUCGGUCUUCGUCGCUCCACAGCCUCUCUCUUUGUCUCUCAAGUCGAUAUGAUAAUCAGGGUGUAGCCGGCGACUUGGGUGAAGCCGUCGCGCUCGGACGUGCAGCGCUAGCGCUCCGUCCCCCAGGGCAUCCUGACCGUAGCGUAUCUCUCUACAACCUUGCUGACAACCUCCGGAAGAGGUUCCACAAACAAGCUGCGACGCGCGACUUGGAUGAAGCGAUUGAGCUGCAUCGCGCAGCUUUGGAACUAUGUCCCUCUGGACAUUCUCUUCGGUCUUUGUCGCUCCACCAUCUCGCUCGCUGUCUCUCGCUUAGAUAUGACAAUCAGGGGGUAGUUGCCGACUUAGACGAAGCCGUCACGCUCAGACGCGCAGCACUAGAGCUCUAUCCACUAGGGCAUCCCGGCCGUGGCGGAGUUCUUUACCCCCUUGCUCGUGCCCUCUGGAAGAAGUUUCACAAACAAGCUGACACGCCUGGGUUGCAGCGGGCAAAUUCUAUUCGUAAAGCUGCACCAAUGGUCCGUCCAACAAGCCGUGCUGAUGUUCCCUCCUCACUCUUCGAGCUCUCGCGACACCUCUGGGACAGGUUUCAGAACCAGGCCGCAUUGGCCGACUUGGACGAGGCUAUUUGCCUCGCAACAUACGUUUUGGAGCUCCGACUACCAGGACAUCCUGAUUAUGCUGUUUCCAUCGAACAGCUUGCUCUUUUCGUUGGGGAGGGAGUCCAGCGUCAGAAUGCAAUCGCCAAUCUGAACGAGGCCAUCACACUGUACCGAUAUGCACUGCAAUUCCACCCGACUGGGCAUCCCAGUCGCGCCUCGUCCCUCCACGACCUUGCAGAGUGUCUAGUAGACCGGUUUCGCCAACAACCAGUAGCAGCUGAUCUGGAUGAGGCUAUUGCGCUUGAGCAAGAAGCCGUGCGACUA